AAAGUGAAAAAAAAAAUAGGAAAACAAUAAUUGGCUAUUCGAGGGUGAUUAUUUUCUGUUUAAACAAAGUCACAAGAGUGUGAGGUGCACGAUGUCGAAGCCAGAACAGAUUUUAAUUAUCGAACCGCAGAAUGAACUGCGAUUCAGGGGACCUUUUACGGGAGCUCCUGUUACAUCAUAUAUGAAACUUACUAAUCCUUCAACUCACAAAGUUUAUUUUAAAAUAAAGACAACUGCUCCAAAGAGGUAUUGCGUGAGACCCAAUUCUGGAGCUUUGAAACCAAAAGAAAAAACUGAAAUAGCAGUUUGCUUACAACCGUACGACUUUGAUCCAACAGAAAAGAGUAAGCACAAGUUUAUGGUUCAAUCAGUAAUAGCUCCUGAAGGAGACACUGAUGACUUUCUACAGGAUGUGUGGAGAGAUAUGAAUCCAAGUCAAUUAAUGGAUUCAAAAUUGAAAUGCGUAUUUGAGAAUCCUGUAAAUGCGACAGCAUCGACUAAAGGCACGCCAACUGGUACGACUACUAAAUCUGAUACAAGUGCAACCGAUGGUAAAAAUAAGGGAACUGGCGACACUGCUAAAACUUCACCAAUGCUUCUUAACGAAGGGGAAACUGACGAAACGUUAUUAAAAGCAGCGCAGGAAGUACAACAACUCAGGGUACAACAAAGUAAUCUCUAUAAAGAGAAUCUUGUAUUGAAGGAAGAGUUGAUGAAAUGGCAAACUGCAAAGGAUAAGGACAGUCAUUUGUUGGAUCAUCAUCAUCAUUCAACGGGUGGAUCAUUGCAAAUGAAUCCUCAGCUCUCACCAACGUUUACAAGUGUAGCUAUUGCCGUCGCUAUGGUCAUAGUUGGUUAUCUUUUGGGAAAAUUGAUUUGAACAGUUUUUUGCCUUAUACACCACAGCACGCCCUUCCCCCCAAAUUUUUUUCUUAGCCUAAACAAAAAAAAAAAAAAAUCUCCUUGCCACAUGGCGCCAUCACUGUGAACCGCUAUUAAAAAAAGAAAACUCGUUAUUCAAAAUGUUCAUAAUAAAUAUUUCCAUUAACGUCUAAUUGUAGAACAGUCUACAUAAUUUGAAAAAAAAAAGAUCAUUCACUAGAAUUAGCGCAUAAUGGUGCAUAGAAGCGAAGGGACGAAUCCUUUUCUAAGGACCGUAAAAAUGAUAUAUAUAUAUAUAUGUUUAGAAAAACAGUUUUUAAUCAAUGAUCACUAAAUUUCUUGUUUUUUUUUUUUUGUCGCGGCCUCUUAUAAAAGGAUUGCGCCAAUGGCAAAGUCUUAAUUAAGAAUUAUAAUUUUUCUUAUUGAAUGUUUUUUGAUAGAAAGAAUUUUGAUGAUGGACUUUAAAAAAAUAAAACAGACAUUGGAAUUAUUCACUGUAAAUAGAUAUAAAAGGGGGGGGGGGGAAAGGAAACCAAAAAAAAAAAAAAAACAGUUUUUAAUGACUGAACGAAAUCAACUGUGUAAAAAAGCCAAUGGAUCAAGCCAAGCUUUUACGAUUAAUAAAAUCUUAAAUUUAAUUUUCACGACGGGGGAAGGGAUUGAUUAUAUAUAUUAUGUGUGUGUGCACGAGUCCGCCUCCGGCAAAAUGAAUAUUCCAGAAUUUGACGCAUUCAAUUUUUAUCUGUACCUUUUUUUUAAAUUUAUUUAUCUUAGUGUUUUCUUUAAAAAAAUGGUUUUCCAAAUAAAAGGAUUUGUUUGGAAUAAUAUAAUUUAGAGAGAGAGAGACGGAAAGGGGAAAAAGUCAACUGUUAUUUAUAUUCGUGCCUUAGAAUUAGAGGCAAACAGUAUAUUUUUCCCUAUCAGCUUUUAAUUUUCUAUUAUAUUGUCCACUGAUGAUUUUUUUUUUAUUUUAUUUUUUUUUUUUUGUACGAACUAUUAUUAUAAUUUUCUUCGUCCCUUUGUGCGUGCGUUACGGUUCUUGAUUCAAGAAAAAAAAAGAAAACCGGGUGCAAUAACGUGAUAAAUAUAUACUUACGUCCUCGACUGUAGAAAGUAAAAUUGUACUCGAAAGUGCUAACAUCGUUACCAGUAUCGUCUUUACAAUCCGUGGACCGUUUAAUUAUAUAUAUAUAUAUAAAAUAUAAAAACAAAAUCACCUAGUGUUUUUGAUAUUGUGUUUAGAUGCGCAAACUUGGCAUCCAAGAUUGUACACACCAGAGUACCGGAGAUUGAGCUUUUAACAAUAAUUAAGAAUUAAAAAAAAAUAAAUAAAUAAACGAGUUUAUACUCUCAAAACAAUA